UAUUGGAAGAUAUGGUGCAGGAUUAAAACCUCCAAGUUAUUAUGAGAUGCGAGUUCCAUUGCUGCAAAAAGAGUUGAAUUAUACAAAUGACUUACUAAAGGGUCAUAAAGAAUCAUGGGCAACACAUGGUUGCUCUAUUAUGUCAGAUGUUUGGACUGACAGGAGGCGCAGGAGUAUAAUUAAUUUUAUGGUUAAUUGUUCUUUAGGGACUAUGUUUGUGAAGUCAAUAGAUGCUUCAUCUUUUGUAAAAUCUGGAGACAAGAUAUAUGAUUUACUUGACAACUUCGUGGAAGAAAUUGGAGAACAAAAUAUCGUUCAAAUCAUAACCGACAAUGGAAGCAACUAUGUUUUAGCUGGUAAAUUGCUUGAAUCAAAAAGACAACACUUGUAUUGGACUCCAUGUGCAGCACAUUGUAUUGAUUUAAUGUUGGAAGAUAUUGGAAAGAUCUUAGAAAUCAAGAAAACCUUAGAAAGGGCAAUUUUUGUUGUUGGAUUUCUUUAUAAUCACAUUGGGGCUUUGAAUAUGAUGAGAGAAUUUACAGGGAAUAAAGAAUUAGUGAGACAUGGUGUUACCCGAUUUGCUACUUCAUUCUUGACAUUACAGAGCGUGCAUCGUCAAAAACAUACUCUGAGAAAUAUGUUUACCUCUGAGAAAUGGGUGACAAGCAAAUGGGCAAAAGAAGCAAAAGGCAAGAGGGCUGCUGAUAUCAUCUUAAUGCCAUCCUUUUGGAAUCAUGUAGUUUAUAUAUUAAAGAUAAUGGGCCCUCUUGUUCGAGUCCUUCGAUUGGUGGAUAAUGAAAAUAAACCUGUAAUGGGAUAUAUUUAUGAGGCUAUGGAUAGAGCAAAGGAGACGAUUAAAAGAUCUUUUAAUGAAAAUGAAGAAAAAUAUGAGAAAAUUUUUACAAUCAUUGACGAAAGAUGGAAUUGUCAACUUCAUCGUCCCUUACAUGCAGCAGGAUAUUAUUUGAACCCUGAAUUCUUUUAUAAGAUUAAAUCUGUUGGAUUUGAUGCAGAAGUUUUGGGUGGGUUAUAUCAGUGUGUUGCAAGAUUAGUUCCCAGCAUUGAGGUUCAAGAUAAGAUUAUUCAUGAAUUAUCUUUAUAUAAAAAUGCUGAAGGUCUUUUUGGAAUUCCAAUUGCCGUUCGAUCCAGGACAACUACCUUAUGUUAUUGCUAA